UCCACCCCCGCUCCGCUCCUCCUCCGGCGCCUCUCCGCCCAGCCGCAGCCCAAGGCCCCUGUGCCUCCACCUCCUCCGCCCCCGCCGUCGGACGAGGGGGCCGCAGCGUGGGCCCGUCGCGCGGCCGCGCUCUCGCUGCUGGGGCUCACCGGCGCCGUCGCCGCCAGCGCCUUCAGCGACCUCUCCGUCUUCCUCUCCUGCUCCAGCCAGGCAAUGGAGAAGGCUACCAAGAACCAGCAGGUAGCGAGCGCGAUCGGCGAGCCCAUCACGCGGGGUCCCUGGUACAGCGCGUCCAUCGCCGUGAACCGCGCGAGGCGCUCCGUCUCCUGCACUUUCCCUGUGUCGGGGCCCCAAGGCGACGGGCUUCUCAAGUUCAAGGCUGUUCGCUUGGCAGAGGAAUCAUGGUUUCGGUUUCUACAGCCCAGCGACUGGGAGAUACUCAUAAUGGACGCCAUCCUUGACGUUCGCACCGAAGAUGGGAAGCACCAAACAAUGAGGGUGACGGUCGCAGACAACACGGCAGCUCCACCACCACCAGCUGACUGCAGGACAUGCAAGCCCCGUACAACGCCGACACCAAAGCCAAAGCCUACACCAGUGCCGACGCCGAUGCCUACAUCGGCGCCACCUCCGGCUCAGGAGAAGUGAGGAGCUCACCUGGAGAGAUGCUCUUUGGUGGGUGCUCUGGACAUAGCUAGCGUGGAGUGAUUGUUUCGCCACGCCUCAUUCCUGGGAGAGAAAUAAAGUAGUGCGCACUGGACCAACUAAGCAGAAGAUCGGAUUGUUUUCUCGUACGUUGGGCGGAUGAUACAGCCUAGAAUAGGUUACACGGGUGUUUGUUUCGCGGCGGAGCCAUACUACGAAAUACUAUCUAUCUCACAAGACUAGAACUGCCUUGGGACUUGCUAGCAAGGGCAGCAUUUUGAGUGGAUCUCAAAUUCUUUUGUUGGUUCAUCAUCAUUCAUUCAUGGUAUA